UAAUACCUUAACAGUGCACACACUCACAGAGGCUGCAUGAGAGCGCAGGUUUAGUGAGGAUUUGCUCUGUAUUAAUCCUGACAGGGAACAGAGAGCCAGCUGGAGCGUACAGGGAAGAGGCAGAGCAGGCACAAAACAAAAAUAAAAGUAUUUGGGCUGAAAGACGCUGGAAGAAAGUAUGGAUGGAGUGUACCUGUGAGAUAAAAGUUAAGCUUAGGUUCUUGUGAAUGUCCUCAAAGCAACAAGCAAUUACUCUAGGGGAUAUUGGUAGAAGGAAACUCAGACAAACAGUCACAAUAUGUCAGUCUGAGAAAGUUUCAUCACCAGAACUUCAGAGACGGCAGGACGGAGUAACAUGGGGCACCCUAAUGUGCCACUUUCCUAUAAACAAGCUCGGGCUCACAGGAAUAAACACAUAUCCAGCCGGCUGCAACCCUACACACCAAACGAUAAUUUGAACAAUGCACUGGGUGCAAUCAGGGUUCUAGGUGUGGAGCUGAUUGAAGAUGAACUCAAACCUCAUUUGAUCACAGUGCUGGCAAACAUUAGGGAGAAAAAGAAAGGCGCUGCUGAGCAGGUUGUGAUCAGCGGGAUCCUGCCAAUCCUGGCUCUGUCUCUGAGAAGCAGAGGACCUCUGACUCUGUUGACUGCAAAACUGGUGGCUGAGCUUGCCAAGGAAUCUGUGGUCCGUAAAGGUUUUGGGGAUGCAGGUUUGGUUACAGCCCUGCUGUCAGUUCUGACCAGCACAAAUGAAGAGCUGCUCAUUUAUGCAGCAAGAGCCAUCUCACGCAUGUCUUAUGACAGCUCUAAGCAGCAAGAAUUGUUGCUACGCCGAGGUGCGGUGCCACGCCUUGUUGCCAUCUUGCUCCGUUUCCCUGAUAAAGAGGCUUUGGAGGAGGUGUGCCUCAUGGCUCUCUGUAACCUCAGCGGCAUGGCAGUAGCAGAGGAGGCAGGUAUGAUCUGGGAAAGAGGAGUGCCUGUGAGGCCUGGGGAAUGCGUGUUUCAUGGUGUUUCUCCUCACACGUGUGGCUUCGCCUCUUCUGUGACGCUGAUUCGGGUCUCUCAGUGGGGACCCGGCCAGUACAUGGUCAGCAUCGAGGACUUCCAGCGCUGCUCCUCCUCCUUCUGGAAUCUUCAUGGGAACAAACGGGCUGUGCACUGGUUCCCGUUCUUCAGUUUGGGCAGCUGUUCAAAUAUGUUUAAGGUGAUCAAGUUCUCAACCAGGAACAUUCCUCGGACAAAGAGUCUGAAGACUCGUGUGUUCCACACUUUCCUGUGAAAGCUUACAAAUAUGGUGGCCUUACAAAUUGGACUACACAACACUGAAGCAUCCAUCCAUCUAAACUACCCUGGAUGAGUCACCGCUGAGAGCAGCACCAAACCUAUGUUGACUGUCAUACUAUUAGAAAAAAAAAGGAACUUCAUUACUAAACAUGGAAGGUGGGAACAACAUUUGUGUGUUAACAAAGAGCACCUACAUUUUGGUGUUUGUGUGAAUUGUUUUUAUAAACUAAACCAGAGCUGGAACUUUAGACUUAUUUCAACGUAACAAUUUAUAACAUUUCCAGUUAAAACCACAAGGUUGUGUUUGGACACCAUAAACCCGGACACUGCUGAAGUGCAGCAUUGCUAUUCCUAUAGGUUUUAAUUCAAUGUUGCUCUUAUAAGUUUCAAUAUUGAUUCAUCGGCAACAAAAAGUAAUUUAAAUUCCACAUCGCAAGGAAAAUAAUACCAAUCAGCUCCACGCACCUCUGGCAAAUGAAUGUUUAAGCACCUCGAGUAAAUGAUACUUAUGGAGAUUGCGGUUUUCUAAAAGUAGCUGGUUGCUUCUAAUAUUCUGACUUAUCGAUCUCUAUGCACAUCUGCAUUAAUGAAAUGACAUGUUUUUUAUGUAUUUUAUAUUUUGAAAAGAAACAGAAAGUCCUGGUUUACUAAUUCAAAGCUCUAAAGUCAUGUAAGCAAAGAAAUUGCCUCAGUUUUUGUAUUUGGAAAUGUUAAGAGUGCCCGUAACUGUGGCAAAAAAUGUUUUUUUUAAAAGAGUAAUUUUUGUUUCUUCAACUGAACAAAUGCAUUUAACUUAAGCCAUGGCAUGUUUUGCAUUGUUCAGUUAACUAUUUUGUGCAUUUUCCACAGGUCUGAUUAGCUAAAGAUGGCAAAGUAAGAGCGUAUCUAAAAAUAGUGCUAAGAUUAUGUCCAUGUUACUAAUUUCUUCACAAGUGCUUAAAAUAUGUAACAUCUCUGCAUAGCAAUGUUCUGCUUGUUUAUGAUCUAUCUAUUUUUACCUGUACUUAUAACAGUGUAACAUAUAUAUACAGGCAGCUCUGGAAAAAAUUAAGAGACCACUGCAUUUG